GCGCGUCUUCGCCUUUCCCCGCCCAUAUCCCCGGUUCGGUGGACGUGCUCACCUCCGCUCCGGGCCAGGUCUAUGUCCCGGUUCCCCGCUGUCGCGGGCAGGGCGCCAAGGCGGCAGGAGGAGGGCGAGCAAGAUAUCUUUACAGACCUUUUAAUUUCACAAUUGUUUUCUGUUUUUACAGAAGAAAAAGGAUGCACAUCACAGGAGGGAGGAACUACUCCAACUUUUCCUAUUCAAAAACAAAGAAAAAAGCUUAUUCAAGCUGUGAGGGACAAUUCAUUCCUUAUUGUUACUGGAAAUACAGGAAGUGGUAAAACAACUCAACUUCCAAAAUAUCUGUAUGAAGCAGGAUUUUCACAACAUGGUAUGAUCGGUGUGACUCAGCCACGAAAAGUAGCUGCCAUAUCAGUUGCUCAGAGGGUUGCUGAAGAAAUGAAAUGCACUUUGGGAUCCAAAGUAGGAUACCAAGUUCGUUUUGAUGAUUGCAGCUCUAAGGAAACAGCAAUCAAAUACAUGACUGAUGGAUGUUUGUUGAAACAUAUUCUGGGAGAUCCAAAUCUUACCAAGUUCAGUGUCAUUAUUUUGGAUGAAGCCCAUGAGAGAACUCUAACUACAGACAUCUUAUUUGGUUUAUUGAAAAAGCUAUUUCAGGAGAAGUCUCCUAAUAGGAAGGAGCAUUUAAAGGUCGUGGUGAUGUCAGCAACUAUGGAAUUAGCCAAGCUCUCUGCAUUCUUUGGAAAUUGUCCAAUAUUUGAUAUACCUGGAAGGCUUUAUCCAGUCAGAGAAAAAUUCUGCAAUUUGAUCGGCCCACGAGACAGAGAAAAUACUGCAUAUAUUCAAGCGAUUGUGAAAGUGACCAUGGAUAUCCAUUUGAAUGAAAUGGCUGGAGACAUCUUGGUCUUUCUGACUGGUCAGUUUGAAAUCGAAAAAAGUUGCGAGUUACUUUUUCAGAUGGCAGAGUCUGUUGACUAUGAUUAUGAUGUUCAAGAUACCACUCUAGAUGGCUUGUUAAUAUUGCCGUGUUAUGGAUCUAUGACAACAGAUCAACAGAGGAGAAUAUUUUUGCCACCUCCACCUGGAAUUAGAAAAUGUGUCAUAUCCACCAAUAUUUCUGCAACAUCUUUGACAAUAGAUGGAAUCAGAUAUGUGGUAGAUGGUGGUUUUGUGAAGCAGUUAAAUCACAAUCCUAGAUUAGGGUUGGACAUCCUGGAGGUGGUUCCAAUUUCAAAGAGUGAGGCAUUGCAACGAAGUGGCCGAGCUGGCAGAACUGCCUCAGGAAAAUGCUUUCGGAUCUAUAGUAAAGAUUUUUGGAACCAGUGUAUGCCCGACCAUGUGAUCCCUGAGAUUAAGAGAACUAGUUUGACGUCUGUAGUUCUGACCUUAAAGUGCCUUGCCAUACAUGAUGUUAUAAGGUUUCCCUAUUUGGAUCCACCUAAUGAGAGACUUAUUUUGGAAGCUCUUAAACAACUUUACCAGUGUGAUGCUAUUGACAGGAGUGGCCAUGUGACCAGAUUGGGUUUGUCUAUGGUAGAAUUUCCUCUCCCUCCACAUCUGACAUGUGCAGUAAUAAAAGCUGCUUCUCUGGACUGUGAAGAUCUGUUACUUCCAAUAGCAGCAAUGUUGUCUGUGGAAAACGUCUUCAUUAGACCUGUUGAUCCAGAGUACCAGAAGGAAGCAGAACUGAGACAUCGAGAAUUGGCAGCUAAAGCUGGAGGAUUUAAUGACUUUGCAACUUUAGCUGUCAUCUUUGAACAGUGCAAAUCAAGUGGAGCUCCAGCUUCAUGGUGCCAAAAACAUUGGAUUCAUUGGAGGUGCUUAUUUUCUGCAUUUCGUGUUGAAGCUCAACUUCGAGAACUAAUUAGGAAGCUUAAACAGCAAAGUGAUUUCCCAAGAGAGACCUUUGAAGGCCCUAAACAUGAAGUACUAAGAAGAUGUCUUUGUGCAGGUUAUUUCAAAAAUGUAGCUCGAAGAUCUGUUGGGAGAACGUUUUGCACAAUGGAUGGGCGUGGAAGCCCAGUUCAUAUUCAUCCUUCCUCAGCACUUCAUGAACAAGAAACCAAACUUGAAUGGAUCAUUUUUCAUGAAGUAUUAGUUACCACCAAAGUCUACGCAAGAAUUGUGUGUCCAAUCCGUUAUGAAUGGGUGAGAGACUUGUUACCCAAGUUGCAUGAAUUUAAUGCACAUGAUUUGAGCAGUGUGGCUCGACGCGAAGCAAGAGAAGAUGCAAGAAGGAGAUGGACAAAUAAGGAAAAUGUAAAGCAUCUAAAGGAUGGAAUAUCAAAAGAAGUCCUAAAGAAAAUGCAAAGAAGAAAUGAUGAUAAAUCAAUAUCAGAUGCACGUGCUCGUUUCCUUGAGAGAAAGCAGCAGAGGUCCCAGGAUCACAGUGACACACUGAAGGAAACAGGCUAAACAGCGAACCCUUCAAUUCAGGAAGUAGGAAAACAGCCAGGAAAUGUGCUUCUACUUUGCCAUUUAUGUCAGACAGCACUACCAAGAAGUGGUCAGCAGCUGUUAUUAGCAUAUGAGCUAAAAGCAAAUCAAAGCUCAUCAAUACUAAUAAAUGGAAGAUUGGAUUGCCAUAGUCAUAGGCAAUAUUAUAUGAAACCAAUGAAAGAUGGUACAUGUAGUAUUUUCCUCACUCUAAUUUUGCUGGCCUUAAGUGGUAUAAAAUGCUGUCAUUGAGAUAUUUUGAAAGAACAUUGAAUUGUAUGUAAUCGGCGCGUGUUCAUUUGCAUUGAAGCAUUAAAAAUUAUUUUUCUUAAAUCUCUUUAAGGCCUUCUUGUUGCUAUUAGAGUAGUAUUUUAUCAGGUAUGUGACCAUUUCCUUCAGAAGGCUGAAUAUAGAGGUUUUUACUCAGCAAUACUUAGAUGUCUAACUGUUUAAUUGCUAAAGAGCUUUAUAGAUAUUUAGAGAAAAGACUUAAUCAAUUAGUAAAUAAGAACAUUGCCUAUGGCAAGAUUCUUUGUUGAAUUAAUAUUAAUCCUUAAAUUGAUUUUUCUGGGAUUAUACAAAUUCCUUUUUAUAUAAAGUAUAUUGUUUAAAACAGUAGCUAUAGCCAUUAACCAAAGGACAGAUGAUAUAUAUAUGUUCUUUUUUUAGCACCAUGUUUUAAACAGCCCUUCCACCUGGCCUACUCUCUUGCCUCCAGCUGCUUGGGUAGAGCCAUUUAAACAUCUAUUAUGCCAGUCUUGAGAUGGGAUUUUCGCAGCAGCGAACACUGUAUUACCAGUGUUUCAAAUUGGAACUUUGAGGCUAAUUAAUAUCACACUCAGGCCACAUUCAACACUUGCUCUGUUGUUUACUGCCUUGUAUUCUAGUUAUUUGUGUAUUUGUCUGUCUCCCCCACUAGAUUAUACGCUCCUUGUGGGCAGGGACUAUGUCUUUUUCAUCUUUGUAUCUUCAUGGCACCUAACACAGUGCUUUGCACACAGUAGUCACUUAAUGUUUGUUAAAUAAAGUUAGUGUCAUUAAAAUUCGAAA